UCAGUCUAAACUAAGUGACGCCGUUCGCUGUCUGUGGCAUUGUACGGCAGUGUACGACUAAGCUUCCCGUAUUGGUGCUCUGCAGUUCGCGGUCCCGGUUCUAAAUGAAUGGCAGCGCAGCGGUAGCAAGUCGGGUUCAAAUUUAAAUUUUCUUGUGAUUCAGUGCUGGUGUGAUAAUCGUGGCAGACGGCGGUGUGUUUUCCUGGUGCGCUUUUCUGACAGGCGACAAAGGAAAGUUGGAAGUUGGAGGCGGAACGUGUGCGUGUGUGAAAUUUCAUCACUUGCUGAAUUGGCCGAAGCAAGUGAGGGCCGCGUGAAUUAUUUCAUGAAACUUGUGAGUGUUAAUCAUCGCUUCAAUUAAAAGUUCAAUUUAAUUCAUGUCCUGCAACUGUUGUGAUACAUACCCACUCCGAAAGAAACUCAACCCAAUGAGCGUUACACGAAAAAGCAGAUAGUCCUAGAUUUGGUGCCCGUUUGUAGAUCCUGUAUGACAAAAUGGCGACCAAACAAAGCAAGGAUGUUCAAGAUGCAAUGGCACUUGAAGCAAUCGCCGCCCCCAGAGUGGGUUGCUGCCGAAGGAUAGCGAAAUUUAUUUGCGUUUACUGGCGUGCGUUGGUGGUAGUUCUCGCGCCCAUUAUAUCGGCGGGUGUUUUUGCUGUCGAUACUACUCCUGCCUACCGAUGCAUGUACGUGGUGCUAAUUAUGUCCUUUUACUGGGUUACGGAAGCCCUUCCACUUGCGAUCACGUCGAUGCUGCCGAUUGUACUAUUUCCCUUGCUCGGCGUGCUGGACACCGAUCGGACCACAAUGAUGUACAUGAAGGAAACUAUGCUGAUGUUCAUCGGUGGCAUUAUAAUUGCCCUGGCGGUUGAGUACUGUAAUCUGCAUAAAAGGGUGGCCCUGAAGGUUAUCUCGAUUAUCGGAUGCAGCCAGAGGAGACUGAAUUUUGGUUUGAUCACCGUUACGAUGUUCGUCUCUAUGUGGAUUUCGAACACUGCUGCCGUUGCCAUGAUGUGUCCGAUUAUGCAGGCAGUGCUGGAGGAACUGGAAUCGCAAGGACUGUGUGAGAUGUACGUUCGACCAAAGAAAACUACAGAAGAGGAAGGAAUGCUUGGUAACGACAAGAAUGAAUCAGAUGAACCCCUGAAGCCUUCCAAACAAACCAUCUGUUACUACGUUGGUGCAGCUUAUGCGUCAUCGCUCGGAGGUUGCGGUACCAUCGUCGGAUCCGGAACGAAUUUGACCUUCAAAGGUAUCUACGAAAGUCGUUUCCCGACGGCUCCAGGAAUUGAUUUCCCCAAGUUCAUGUUCUACAAUGUACCCGGCAUGUUGGCUAACACGUACCUUACGUGGGUUUAUCUACAGUGGCUGUACAUGGGAAUGUUCAGACCAAACAGUCCCGAAGCCAAGGCUGCCAACAUCGGUAAGGAGGGUGAAGCAGUUGCACGUCGAGUGAUAGAAACCCGCUACAAGGAGCUCGGUCCGAUGUCGUCACAUGAGAAGAGCGUUGCUUUCCUGUUCGUGGUUGCCGUUGCGUUGUUUUUCUUCCGUGAGCCAGGUUUCAUCACCGGAUGGGCUGAUUUGCUGCCGGCUGUGAAAAUCCGUGAUGCCACACCAGCCAUAUUGGUUGUGAUUUUGCUGUUCGUCGUACCUGCCAGCUGGCGCUGCUUUAAAUUCUGCACCAGGAAUAGUGGUCGCCUCCCGACUGAAGCAACUCCGGGUCUUAUUACGUGGAAAUUCAUCCACCAGAAGGUUCCAUGGAGUCUGAUCUUCCUGCUGGGCGGUGGUUUCGCGCUUGCCGAAGGAGGUCGCGUCUCUGGAAUGUCCGCUCUACUCGGUCAAUCACUGUCCGGAUUGAAAACUCUGCCACCGCUGUUGAUGCUGUUCGUUGUAUGCUUCGUUGCUUCAACGCUUACGGAAUUUACGUCAAACGUCGCCAUUUGCAACAUUAUGCUGCCCGUACUGGCGGAAAUGGCCAUUGCCAUCGAGAUUCAUCCGUUGUAUCUUAUGAUGCCUGCCGCGAUGGCGUGUAGCUUCGCUUUCCAUAUGCCGGUUGGAACACCUCCGAAUGCGAUCGUAGCUGGAUUGGGUAACAUCGCGAUCAAGGAUAUGGCCAUUGCCGGAAUUGGUCCGUCCAUUUGCUCCGUUGUGGUGCUAUGGGCUACCUUCCCAACCUGGGGAGCGGUUGUCUACCCGGAACUGACCACCUUCCCAGAUUGGGCCCGACCAUCAAAUUUAACUGUGCAUUAGACUCGUCACGGUCCCAGGAUCACAAAGAAAACGCAAAAUGGUAAUUAUUGGUUAUGUGAGACUUAAGAAUUCAGCAGGAAGCCAAAACUUGUGCCAAAAAGCAAACAAAAAGCUUACGUUGGCGGUUACAGAAGAUGCAAUAUUUCAGGAAUGAAUUUAGUUAGUUGAAUGAUGGAAACAGAUGAACGGAACGCGCAGUGUUAGAUGAUAAUGCAUUUUGCCUCUUUAUUAAGGUGUGUUCUAAUAUUUUGAUAUGAGCAAUAAAUACGGGCGUCGAAUUGAGUUAGAUGGAAGUAGGAAGGAUUGAUAUUCAACAACAUUCUUCGAACCGAAUGGAAUUAGGUGCUGGUUCAGAAAUAUGUACGUUUGGAAGUGUACUGUAGUGGUAUUUUUAAUAUCUGCCUUCGGAAUUUAUUUUAACGGCAAACUAAAACGUGCAUUUCAAACUCUGUUUCUGUUUGUUACACCAACUUUUGUUGGUUAAAUAAGAGAAGGGUUAAUACAAAUAGCAAAGUACUGUAGCGCACUUGGUAGAGAUCAGUAUAGACCCGUUAACAAUAGUUAGAGAAAAUCAUGAUAGUCUUCCAAUGACACAAGCAGUACUCAGAAUUCAAAUAGAUUUAAAGAUGCACUUUUAAGAACUAGAGAAACUAGAGUGUAACUACUGGUAUAAUUCAAUACGUGUUACAUGCACUAGGAAUAGCAAAAUUAUUUUUCGUUGUUGAUUUGCAACAAUCUAGAAUACAAUCGUUGUUAGAAAGAUGUAUGUUAAAGAGGAUAAUGCAGUAUGAUUUUGUAAAAAAAUAAAUAA